AUGGCGAUGACCCAGGCAGCAAACCUGGCAGAAAAUAUUCUUGGCCAUGGUGAUAAUGCAACAAUCACCACUGAUGUGUCUAGCUUCGACAAUGAAUAUGGAGUAGAGACUGGAGAGAGGAUCCAGGCUACUACCUGGCAAGGGAAGAACCGAGUCAGAGUUGUGCAAAUGCCGAAGCCACGCGUGAUUGACCCUGGAGAUGUGAUUGUCAGGGUGACAGGAAGCACUAUUUGCGGUAGCGAUCUUCACCUGUAUCACGGAGUCAUUCCUCAGUUGGAGAAGGGCGACGUGCUCGGCCAUGAAUGCUGUGGAGUUGUGGACAGUAUAGGACCAGAGUCAAAGAAGGUCGAAGUCGGAGAACGAGUUGUUGUUUCGUUUCCGAUUGCUUGUGGCGAUUGCAGGAAUUGUCGGAGAGAGUACUACUCUCAAUGUGACAAGACCAAUGAGAAUAACCUGGCCAAUGCCUUGUAUGGGAAGCGGACUGCAGGCAUGUUUGGAUAUUCCCAUUUCACUGGAGGGUUUGCAGGUGGCCAGGCGGAGUAUAUUCGAGUUCCAUACGGCGACGUCAAUCUACUUCCCAUUCCAGCCGAAGUGCCAGAUGAGAAGGCACUCUAUGUUUCGGAUGUUAUAGCAACAUCAUGGCAUUGCGUGGUUGACACCGGUGUGAAGAAAGGGGAUGUUGUUGCGAUCUGGGGAGCUGGGCCGAUCGGACAGAUGUGUGCACAGUUUGGCUUCUUCCAUGGAGCUAGCCGAGUCAUCCUUAUCGACGGAGGCGAUGGAGCAUGGCGAUUGGAUUUUGUGAAGACCAAAGCUCCAAAUGUUGAGACGAUCGACUUCACAGAUUUGCCCAAAGGCGAGUCAGUGACAUCACAGCUGCAAAAGAUGGUUGAGGGCGGACCCGACGUUGCCUUGGAGUGUGCAGCGGGUGAAUACACCAAAGGAUGGGCGCAUUACUUCGAGCAGAUUCUUGGAAUGGAGACGGAUACUUCGGAGCUAUUAAAUGAGAUGAUUACUGCCGUUCGACCAUUUGGACAUGUUGGGGUGACCGGUGUCUAUGCCGGAUUUACUAAUCACUUUAACAUUGGGGCUCUGAUGCAAACAGGUGUUCACCUAAUGGGUAAUGGGCAGGCUCCUGUCCACAAGUAUUGGAAGCACCUCAUGCAUCUCAUUCAGAUGAACGAUAUCAAUCCGCUGGACAUGGUGACCCAUCGGGUCCGUUUGGAAGACAUAGAGAAACUGUAUGCGCUUUUCAAUAAGCGAGAGAAAGGUAUGCAGAAAGUCUUUCUGCAGACCAAGCACUCUUCUCCUCCAUCAGAGGGAGCACCUCGAUUAACAGGCCUGUGA